UCAUCUCCAGUACGUACUUACUAAUUAAGAGUUCAAUAAUUAGUUCCAUGGAGCAAAUCAAGGCAGCUGGAGCUCAUCAUCAGGCCAAGCGUACUUACGAGGACUUUGAACCCCUCUGCAAAUGGCAUAACCGCGACAAUGUGGUUGAGGUCCAUCUUCAAGGUUUCGGAAAGGAACACCUGAGUGUCCGUACCACUCACACGGGAAUGCUUACAAUCCAUGGAGAACGUCCACUGGAUCAAACUAAAUCUAAAUGGAGCCGUUUCCACAAAGAAAUCAAGCUUCCAAACAACUGCGACGCAAAUAGAGUUGCUGCAAAGUUUGCUGAUGGAAUUCUUACAGUAACAAUGCCUCCCAAAGUUGCGCCACCACCUCAACCCCAAUCUCCACAUGAUGAUCAGAAACAACAGCUCCCCAGUCACGUUGAUAAUCAAACAAAUAAUGAUGAAUCGGUGGCUAAACUCAUUAAACAAAAUCAGGACGGCAAACCAACCAGCGAUGAAAAAGCUGCAUUGCUGAAUGAAGAGGUCAAGCCAGGAAGCCAAUGCAAGUUCGGGCAAAGGAAUUUAGCUUCCAGGAAACAGAUUGCAGUGAAACUUGUGCUAGUGGUUGCAGUGGUGGUCGCUUUUGGUUUCGGGGCAUUCAUCAGAUACAAACACGGCCAUCACUCAUAUGGCUUGGAGCAGAUAGACUAGAUCUCUAUCACGUACCCUAUUCUGUAACACUAUCCAGCUUGUAAUAAACAGUAACUUGUAAUUUGUAACCGGUUA